AUGGCACACGACGAGACCGCGGGUGCGCGUCAGCCAGGCGUGUCUACGAGCGAGCACAGUCUCACAAGCCGGACAGACGCGCCUGCCUUCCUGUCGAAUGCCAACGCCACGGCCAUCGCCAUCGCCCUCCCCAUUGCGACUCUUUUCGGUCUCGUCCUCAUAGCGGGCCUGAUCUGGUUCAUUCUGCGCCGCCGAGCCAGACGCCGGGCUCUGGCGAAGGCAAAGGAGGAGCAGGCCAAGGGCUUUGAGCUGCGGGACGUCGCGCAGGUCAGGGUCCGGGCCGGCGGUACGGGGCGGGCGGUUUGGGACGGGGAGGAAGCCGGCGGCAAGGCCGGGGGGAGCGCAGUGUAG